AUGUUUAGUCCAUGCAUAUUACACUCUAAUGCUGUGAUUUUAGAUAACGGGUCAGGUGUCUGCAAAGCAGGUUUUUCUGGAGAAAUGUCACCCCGUCACAUUAUCAGUUCAGUUGUGGGGCAUCCCAAAUUAGAUUUGUCUUCCUCAAGAGAAAAUAAGAAGAACUACUUUGUGGGGGAAGAAGCCCUAUACAAGUAUGAGACCCUACACUUGCACUACCCCAUUGAACGUGGACUAGUCAUGGGUUGGGAUGAUAUGGAAAAGCUGUGGCAUUACCUUUUUGAGUGCAGGCUGGGUGUGAAACCCAGUGAACAGCCCCUGGUCAUGACUGAUCCUGCGUUUAACUCAAAAGAGACUCGUGAGAAGAUGGCAGAAGUGGUGUUUGAGACCUUGAGGGUUCCUGCCUUCCAGCUGGUCAACCACUCAGUAGUAGCACUCUAUGCCUCUGCGUGCAUCACAGGACUGGUGGUGGAAAGUGGGGAUGGGAUAACUUGCACAGUCCCAGUUUUCGAGGGUUACUCCCUGCCCCAUGCCAUCAAUAAGCUCCAAUUGGCAGGAAGAGACCUCACAGAAUACCUCAUACGGCUCCUACUAGCCAGUGGGCAUACCAACCCCUGCAUACUUAACAGACGUGUGGUGACUAAUAUCAAAGAGAAGCUGUGCUAUGUGGCCUUUGAGCCAGAAAAGGAGCUGAGUGUUGAGACUGAGCAAGUCCAGAAAGAAUGUCAAUUGCCAGAUGGAACUGUGAUCAAGGUGGAGGACCAGCUGUACCAAGUGCCUGAGGUCCUCUUUGCACCUGACCUUUUGGGCAUCCACAGCCCUGGACUCUCGAAAAUGGUGGCCAACAGCAUCUUGAAGUGUUACACUGAUAUCCAGACAAGGUUUUACGCAGAUAUAGUGCUGGUUGGGGGCAGCACUAUGUUCCCAGGGCUAGAAGAACGCCUUUUGAAAGACCUGGAAGAGUUGGCUCCCAAAGGGACCCGCAUCAAGAUCACGGCUUCUCCUUACAGAAGUUACUCCGGAUGGACUGGUGCAUCUAUCAUGGCCUCUCUAAACACAUUCAAUCAAAGUUGGGUCACCUCUAAUGAAUUCAAGGAGUUUGGUCCAUCAAUAAUGCGCCGGAGGUGCUUUUAG